AUGAAUCGGCAGAAUUAAUUGGCUAUAAGAGAUUCUUUAAAGAAUACACUUUUUAGUAAAAGGAAAAGAAAUUUGAAAUUUAAUCCUCCGCCUUAAAACAUGUCUCCGCCUAUACAAAAUGAUCAAUAAAAAAUCGCAAGUUAACAAUUUAGACAUUUUAGUGAUAUUUAUGAAUAUGGCCAUCUUCAGAUCGGCGAAGGAGCCCACGGGAUAGUCAAGACAUGUUAUAAGCUAGAUCAAUCCAAUUGGAAUAACAAAGAAAGAACCACUUAUGCCGUUAAAAUCUUUAGAACUGGAGAUACAGAAAUAAUUAAUACAAUUAGAGAAACAUUUCAUAUAAAUAGAGCACUCAAUGAUCUGAAAUGUGUAGUUAGAGCACUAGAUCUUUUUAUAAAUUCUAAAAAAGAAGAACACCACCUGGUUAUGGAAUAUUGUCCAUAUUUGAGUUUGGAAUAAAGAAUGGUAAAUCUAAAAUUGGAAGAUAUUUAAAUAAUUGCUUUAAAUUUAGCUCAGUCAAUAAAAUAGUUGCAUUCAAGAGGAAUAUGUCAUAGAGAUCUAAAACCAGACAAUAUUCUUAUUGGAGAUAAUUUGGCAUUAAAAUUAAUAGAUUUUGGGGUUUCAAAAAGGUUUUUAGUAAAAGGAAAAGCAACUAAAAAAAUAGAUAUGUGGACAAGAACUGGUUCCUUAUUUUAUUAAGCUCCUGAAAUAUUCUUAGGAGGUGGAUACGAUGAAAAAGUUGAUAUUUGGUCAAUAGGCAUAAUUUUGUAUUAAUUAUUAGUUGGGUAGUUGCCAUUUUAGUAGGAAACUAUUUUAGAUACAAUAGAAAUGAUUAGAGAUUCAGAAAUAAAUGUGAAAAAUUAAACAGCUUUUAAAUUGUUGAAUACAUUAGAAUAAGACCUAUUAAAACGAUUAUUAAAGAAAGAUCCAGAAAAAAGAUUGUCGGCUGAAGAUUUGGUUUUGCAUCCUUGGAUUCAUAAGAGACAACACAAAAAGUCAUUAAUAAGCUAUGAUGACUGCGAUAUUGUGGAUAUUAGGAAAAUUGAUGGGAGAUUAUAAUCAUCAGAGAUAACGACCUAGAUGCAAUAUUUGCCUAGGAGCAAAAACCCUUUGAUUGCUCCAAUAGAUGAGGAAGCUACUAGUCCAUUAAAUAUGAAUUGGAAUAAUUGGGAUAAUCAUGUUCAUUAUGUUCCACAAGAUUUGAUUCAGAUUAUCGAUCUAAAUGAUAAUAGAUGGAAGGAUUUGGGAAAUUCUGAAGAACUAUUAAAUGAAUAAUAGACGUAAGAGGAAGUAGGAGAUUUACAAGUUGGAUAAUUGAGAAAAACCUCAGAGCAUUUUGAUUAACUAUGA